ACAAAAAUCCACGCACCUUUUCUUCCCAACAACGAAUCAAAAAGGAAAUCGCAACCAACUUCACGCCGCAGAAUGAACGAAAAUUUCCCUUUCAAAAUUCCCUUCAGCGAGGGCUAAAUUUCCCCAGCUAUCGAUUGGUGAUGCAAUCAGUGUUAACCAAAACUGUUUUCAAUUCAGACUUAUUCUUUGUGUUAGUCGGAUUAAAAUUGCAUUGCAGCUGCAAAUAGAUUUUAAAAGCAACCAAAAAUAAUUCCCCGCUUAUUCGUGCAUUUUUAAGCAUUUAAUUAAAGCAUUUGCCGUAUCGAUUGGCUGCCGUGUCGCGUGGCAACUCUGUACUGUACUUCUGAUACAGAACUAUUGACUAUUGAACUGUCUAUCUAUAAUCGAGAAAUUGCGCGCUUAUUUCUCGCAUUGGAAGUCAUAUCAUAAUCAAAAUAAAUAACUAUCAAAAACAAGAUGAGUGACGAGGUCGCCGCGUCCCCUGUUGCAGUUAACGAGCUCAAAUAUGAAGAUGUCUCGCAGCUGAACUUUUCCAAACUGUACUCGCCGAAAAUGAAGAGCGUCUACUGGCGCUAUUUUGGCUUUCCCUCGAACGACAAUAACGAGGUAAUCACCAAGCAGAACGUGGUCUGCAUCAAGUGCCACAAGGUGCUGACCAACCACGGAAAUACGACCAACUUGCGGGCCCACUUGCAGCAUCGCCACAAAGAUCUUUUCAGGGACCUCUGCCAGGAACACGACAUCCAAGUGCCGCCGAGAAAAACGCCGCGCAACGUCACCCAUCCGCCACUCUCGAAGCGCAAUGUCUCCACACGACGCGUGAAGCUAGAAUUUAUUAAUAAUCGCAAUCAUGACAAUGCAUCUGACGACGAAAUGGACGAGGCCGCCGUUGCCACCGCCGCCAUGCAGGCCGAAGAGGAAUCAUCGUCUCAGACCCUACUCUACGAGUCGAUGGUGCCGUUCACAUACGAUGAAUCUGAUAAUCUGGUCGAGGAGGAGGAGCGCUUGGUUUCUGUGGAGCCAAAGUUUCAGCGCAAGGUAGGAAAAGUGGGACGCCCUCCGGCUGCUUUACACCACACUCGGCCCAUAAAGCACGAGGAUGGCGGCUACUCCUCGCCUUACAUAGCCAACUUGGCAGAGGCUCUGAUCGACAUUGUCAUAAGGGAUGUGCGCAAUGUGGAGACGCUCUACGAUGUGGGUUUCAGCGAUUUUAUACGUCAGGCCAUGGGCAACUCUACGAAUAUGCCCGAUCCGGAGAAGGUCGAUUCCCUUUUGACCGAGAUGCAUGCCUCCAAGUUCUUGGAGAUUGGACACCUUACACGAGAGUUUAGUGCCGAGAAACCCUUUUCGCUAGCCUUUGAGCGUUGGACUAAUGUGGAGCAGCGUCGUUUCCUCACCAUAUACCACCACUAUCUCGACGAGGAGACCCAGUCCGUUCGCAGCGCCAUGUAUGCGACAGUGGAAUACAAUGAUUACAUCGUUUUUGAUGAUCUGCUAACCGACUUUUACUUGACCAACUGCACUCUGGUAAUUAUCAAUUACGACGACGAAGAGGAUUUGCUGUACAGCUAUUUAAAGGAAAAGAAUAUUCCCAUUGUACUGUGCUAUGUCUCGGUUAUUGACAAAUGUCUGCUUCGAGUGUUUGACAUAGAGGAGGUGUCCUCCCUAUUAGAGCAGGUGAAGGACAUCAUCCAGCGCCAUUCGGCCGAGAUUAGCUCGAAGGUAUCGGAGUUGCCCUCGUACAAUGAGAAUUUCCCUUGGACCCUUUAUGAGAUGCUGAAGUUCUUUACUGAAUCCAUAUCGUGGUCCGAAGACAUGGAUCAACUAGUGCUGACGGCCAAGACCGUGACAGAGGCGCUCAGCGCUUUGGUGAUUGCAUUGGACACUUUGCGGGGCGAGGAUAUUCCGCUGUGCAGCAUGCUGUCGCCCAUAACAUCAAAGAUAUUGAUUAAGAAACUUGGCAUUGUUGAGCAGGACGAUUCCCUCAUGAUGAGCAUAAAGCGCACCAUAGCUGGAGUGCUCCAGAGCUACGUUAUAUCCAACGACAAUUUGACCAGCGCUGCACUGCUCGAUCCCCGCUUCCAUCGCCUGACCACCAUUGAGAACCUGGAUAGAUGUGUCCGUAUGCUGACCCAGAAAUACAACAAAACGUUCGGCGGAUCAAAUAGCGAACCAACAGAAGUAAACGCUACUAACUCUGUGAACACUUCGCCAAUGGCUAACAUCAAGACAGAAGCAAGAAAUAGCGCCGGUGGCAGUAAUGCUAAGAAGUCGAAGCUGGAACUUUUGUUUGACGUUGCCGAGAUCCCAAACCGCCCCAAGCGGGAUUCCGACAGUACUGUGGAAACUGAUUUAAAACGUUAUCGCAAUGAGGUAAUCGUUCAGUUGGACGAGUCCCCCAUUGAGUGGUGGCUCAAGAUGGGACAUAUUUAUGCAACGCUGCGCGAUCUUGCCACCUUAUAUCAGAGUGUGCCCGGCGUGGUGACCCUCAGCUUUAAGAAGGCUCUUCGAGAGCAGAUAUAUGAUUUCAAUAAGCGUUCGAUGCUGACAGGAAACCAAAUCGAUGCGAUAUUGUUUUUGAAUCAUCACAACAAUUAAUUAAAUCGAAAAACUAAUGAAUUAGUUGUACAUAGCAUAGCUCGCGGGAUAGUGUAGCUUUUGUCGUAAUCGUAUUCGCAAGAAAAUGAAGAAUUCUUUGUUUCCUCUAAAUGUAGGAAUGAAGAAAAUUAAGAAUUCUCUUUAUCCACUAAAUAUAUAACAGAAAUCAUUAUUUUUAAUUUCCCUUAAAAUCUAAACUUAAUGCAAUCUGUGUGUAUAUGACUGCGACGGGCGAUACCAAUACAUUGGGACUAUAAUUAAUUGGAAAAUAAUAAAAACAAAGUAGAGCAGUAGGUACAUACAUACACAUAAGCAUGUGUGUAAAAUUUGAACACCCAAAUAUAACAUAAACUUGUUUAUUUUCUGGCCCAAUAAUCAUUUAAUCAUAGUAUUGUUUAAUAAAAUAUCGUAAUAACCACAUUA